GACAGUAGAGAGAGAUAUCGAGGAAGGAGGAGCGAAGAGAGAGACUCUGCUCCGCCCCAUCUUUAAACGCCAAGUGAAACCCAUUUAUAAUUUAUUACUCCUCUGCCUCGCCUCUGAACUUCCCGGUCACUCUCAUUGGAACUCUGUUAAUCUCUUCUUCCCUCUUCGGUGAAUGAAAUUCCGGUGGAUUCCCCGCUGUCAAGUCUCCGGUUCAAACUCCAGAGGCUUUAAUUUACCUUAUUUUGCAUUUGACGGUGUUCGGAUCGAACUUUCUGGGACACUCUUUCUCUCUUCUUCAGCAUGUUUACGCCUUUAAGGCUCAGUAAAUCCUUUUCUCGAGUGAUUUCUAGGGUUUUGUACACUUUACCAAUUGCAACUCUCAUUUCAUCUUCGUCGUCGUCUUCUGGUGUUGUAAGUUUCUGGCUUUGCUAAUGCGAGUGCUCCCUGGUACUCUAGAGUCUUUUCUUCGACUUUUUGAGUUUUUUCCUCUGCAUUUAAAUCUAGCCGUUGGAGAAAGCUGGUCUUUUGCUUUUUGUGUUUUCCAUGCUUGGCGUUUUUCCGUUGGUCAUUUCUAGAGCUUUUAGAGGUCAGAAUCAGUGAACUUGUGUCUUCUUCUUUUGAUAUCUGAGCUUAAUUGCACAUGGGAGUGUAGCUUCCGAUAAUGCGGGCGGUUUUGAAUAUGAGAGCUCUUUCCUUCUUGCUUUUGUUGCUUUUCAUAGAUUCGGUGCUGGUGGCGAUUUCCGUGAACCCAUCCCUGAACGACGACGUUCUGGGUCUGAUAGUAUUCAAAGCUGAUAUUAAAGAUCCGAAGGGGAAACUGGUAAACUGGAAUGAAGAUGAUGAGAAUUCCUGUGGUUGGGUCGGUGUGAAAUGCAACCCUAGAUCCAACAGAGUCGUCGAGCUUAACCUUGAUGGGUUCUCUCUUUCGGGUAGGAUAGGUCGAGGCCUCUUCCAGUUGCAAUUUCUGCGCAAGCUUUCUCUGGCGAAGAACAAUCUCACCGGCAGCAUAAGCCCCAACAUUGCUCGGCUCGACAACCUUCGAGUGAUCGAUUUGAGCGAGAAUAAUCUCUCCGGCGAGCUUCCCGAUGAUCUUUUCCGACAAUGUGGGUCUCUAAGGGCGAUUUCAUUGGCAAGAAACAAGUUCACGGGGAAGAUUCCCUCCAGCUUGAGCUCAUGCUCGGCUCUCGCUGCAAUUGACCUCUCGUUUAACCAGUUCUCAGGUCCUCUUCCUUCUGGUAUCUGGACCUUGAGUGGGCUAAGGUCACUGGAUUUGUCGGAUAAUUUGUUGGAAGGUGAGAUUCCAAGGAGUGCUGAAGGAUUGAAGAAUUUGCGAACUAUCAACUUGGCCAAAAAUCACUUGUCCGGGAAGAUCCCUGAUGGGUUUGGAAGUUGCUUGCUUUUGAGAUCUAUUGAUCUCAGUGAGAAUUCUUUUUCUGGUAGCCUUCCCGAGGAUAUGAAGGAGGUCACAUUGUGUGGUUAUCUUAGUGUUAGUGGAAAUGCUUUUUCAGGUGAGAUUCCUGAAUGGAUUGGGGAAAUGAAAAGCCUUGAGACAUUGGACGUUUCUCUGAAUAGAUUUUCAGGUAAGGUGCCAAGCUCUAUAGGAAAUCUUCAGUCAUUGAAGACAAUGAAUUUCUCUGGAAAUGGUUUUUCUGGUAACCUGCCAGAGUCUUUGAUAAAUUGCACCAGCCUUUUAGCCCUGGAUGUUAGUCAGAAUUCAAUGUCAGGAGAUCUUCCCUCAUGGAUUUUUAAGUCAGAUUUGCAGAAAGUUUUGGUAUCAGAAAAUAAAUUGCGUGGAGGUCUGAAAAAUUCUCUAUAUUCCUUGGAGGCAGUUGUUGUUCAAAGUCUUCAAGUUCUGGAUUUAUCUGACAAUGCAUUUUCUGGUGAAAUUACAUCUGAUAUCUCAGUCUUAAGCAGCUUGAAGCUCUUGAAUUUAUCAAAGAACGCUCUGAGUGGUCCUAUACCAGCUGCCAUUGGAGAAUUAAAGUCCCUGAAUAGUCUUGACUUGAGCGAGAACCGGCUAAAUGGAAGCAUACCUAUGGAAAUAGGAGGAGCUGUAUCUUUGAAACUACUGAGAUUGAAGAAAAACUAUCUAGUGGGAGACAUUCCAGCCUCAAUUGGGAACUGCACUUCAUUGUCGACUUUAAUUCUAUCACAGAACAGCCUGACUGGUUCGAUACCUGUAGCAAUAGCAAAACUGACUGAUUUACAAGUUGUGGACUUGUCUUUGAACAAUUUUACUGGAAACCUUCCCAAGCAAUUGGCCAAUCUGCCCAAUCUUCUUUCCUUUAAUAUAUCCCAUAACAACCUAAAGGGUGAACUACCAGCUGGCCCCUUUUUUAAUACCAUUUCACCUUCUUAUCUUACUGGGAAUCCAUCUCUUUGUGGUGCUGCUGUCAAGAAAUCAUGCCCUUCUGUCCUUCCAAAGCCUAUUGUCCUAAAUCCAAACACCACUUCUGAUUAUGCUCCAGGGUCAUUAACUCCCAAUGUUGGUCACAAAAGAAUCAUUCUCAGCAUUUCUGCACUCAUUGCCAUCGGUGCAGCUGCUGUCAUUGUAAUUGGUGUCAUUGCCAUCACUGUUCUCAAUCUCCAUGUUCGGUCCUCUGCAUCUCAAGCUCCGGCUGCCCUCACAUUUUCUGCAGGGGAAGAAUUUAGCCAUUCCCCAACUACAGAUGCCAACUCUGGCAAGCUUGUCAUGUUUUCUGGUGAGCCAGACUUCAGCACUGGGGCGCAUGCUUUGCUUAAUAAGGAUUGUGAACUUGGGCGGGGUGGGUUUGGAGCAGUGUACCAAACAGUUCUCAGAGAUGGUCAUGCAGUUGCAAUCAAGAAGCUCACUGUGUCCAGUCUUGUCAAGUCUCAGGAAGAUUUUGAAAGAGAAGUGAAGAAACUGGGAAAAGUCAGACACCAAAAUCUUGUGGCACUCGAAGGUUACUAUUGGACCCCAUCCCUGCAGCUCCUCAUAUAUGAGUUUGUUUCUGGUGGCAGUCUGUAUAAGCAUCUCCAUGAUGGAUCAAGUGGAAAUUUCCUCUCGUGGAAUGAGAGGUUUCAUAUAAUUCUUGGCACGGCAAAAGCCUUAGCUCAUUUGCACCACACGAACAUUAUCCACUACAACAUCAAGUCAACUAAUGUCCUGAUUGAUGGCUACGGUGAAGCUAAAGUGGGCGACUUUGGCCUGGCAAGAUUAUUACCGAUGCUUGACCGUUAUGUUUUGAGCAGCAAAAUUCAAAGUGCUCUUGGCUACAUGGCACCAGAGUUUGCCUGCCGUACUGUGAAGAUAACAGAGAAAUGUGAUGUAUAUGGGUUUGGAGUUUUGGUUUUGGAAGUGGUCACAGGGAAGAGGCCAGUUGAAUACAUGGAGGAUGACGUGGUGGUGCUUUGCGACAUGGUCAGAGGAGCUUUGGAAGAAGGAAGGGUGGAAGAAUGUAUUGACGGGAGGCUGCAGGGGAAGUUCCCGGCUGAGGAAGCCAUUCCUGUGAUGAAACUAGGCUUAAUAUGCACUUCACAAGUGCCUUCAAACCGACCAGAUAUGGGAGAGGUAGUUAAUAUAUUGGAGCUAAUUAGAUGUCCCUCAGAAGGACAAGAGGAGCUUGGAUGAAUGGCGAAUGAAGUCGCUUUUUUCUGCCUGACCAAGAGGGAUAUACAAAUGGGUUAUCCGGGGAAGAAGAAUCCGGUUUUGUUUAUUAGAUAUAGAAAUUUGUUGCUGGAAAAAUGUUCCCUUUUCUGUUGUAAUUUUCUUCUUCUCUUGUUAGUUUUCAGCCUGCGUUUUAAGUUUAUCUCUGUAUGCUAGCUCCACCUAGGAUACCGGAUUCCUCUUCACCGGCUUCCAUUUUCAGAUUCCCUUUGGAAACUGUUUGGUCAAUUGCAAAUCUUUCACCUCCCA